CAACAUUUCUGACAAAGGCCGACGACUGGAAGGACAGGGCAACAUUUCUGACAAAGGCCGCAUGUCCCAGGCCCAUUCGGUAUUGGAAAUUUUGGACUGGAUUUUUUGGGCAAAAAAUUUCAUAAACAAACAUCCACUAAAUUGCUAUAAUCUAAUUGAACUAAAUUUACAAUUAACCCUUUAUCCGUCGUACCACAACCCGAACCUAUCUACUAAUUUGCCGUAAUGUGGGCUCCCGGCGCAAUCUAGCACUCGUCGGAAUAUUGUGUGACCAAUUCUGUUCAUCCCAACACUUGGAACCCCAAUCAUCCAAUCACCACAGCCGCUUGUUCGGAUCUCAAAUUCAACACCAUUUCUCUAUGGCGAUGAGAAAAGACGUUGCCGCCAUGGAAAUCGACGAACAGAAUUCGACCGCUUCCGAUCAGAUCAAUAACCCCAAGUUCUCCGUCAAUGUGUUGCAGCUCCUGAAAUCGGCUCAAAUGCAGCAUGGGUUGCGAUUCGGUGAUUAUACUCGUUACCGGAGGUAUUGCAGUGCACGGCUGAGAAGACUUUACAAGUCGUUGAAGUUCACACAUGGCCGUGGAAAAUAUACAAAGAGAGCUGUCACUGGAUCAACAGUGACUGAAGUCAGGCUGCCAAUCCCUGCUGAUGGUAGUAGUUAUUGUCUUUUAUGUUACGUCUUAUAUUGGUUUCUCCAUUUGGUUUUAUAUACUGCUGAAAGAGCAUGGAGUCAUGCUAUGGAAAAGAAAACACUACCAGAUGGCCCAAAUGCACGCCAGAGGAGCUACCUCAUUGGAAAGCUAAGGAAGGCAGUCAAAUGGGCUUCCAUUUUUCAAGAGUUGUGUGCCAUCAAGGGUGAUUCAAGAACAUCUCUGGAAGCAGAGGCUUAUGCAUCCUAUAUGAAAGGAAAUUUGCUAUUUGAACAAGAUCAGCACUGGGAUGUUGCAUUGAAGUGUUUCAAAAGUGCCAGGACUGUUUAUGAGGAACUGGGGAAGUAUGGUGAAUUAGAGAACCAAGUUUUGUGCCGAGAGCGGGUAGAGGAACUUGAGCCUAGUAUUAGAUAUUGCUUGCAUAAAAUUGGGGAGUCAAAUUUACAGACUUCUGAACUGGUCCAUAUCGGAGAAAUGGAAGGCCCUGCCUUGGAUCUUUUUAAAGCUAAACUGGAGGCUGUUAUGGCCGAGGCUCGAUCACAGCAGGCUGCAUCUAUGACUGAAUUCCUUUGGCUUGGUCAUAGAUUUCCUGUCUCAAAUGCAAAGACUCGGGUUUCCAUACUUAAAGCUCAGGAGUUGGAGAAAGAUGUUAAUGGUUCAGCAGCUGAGUCUGUUCCUGCUGAGAAGAAGCUGGUCAUAUUUGACAAAAUAUUCGCUGCGUAUAAUGAAGCCAGGAGCUACAUACGACAUGACUUGGCUACUUCAGGUAAUUCGGAAAGCAUGAAAGACGACUUGAGUGGCCUUGACAAAGCUAUAGGGGCUGUUUUAGGAAAAAGAACUAUUGAGCGCAAUCAGUUGUUAGUGAGCAUGGCAAAAAGUAAGCUCAGUAAGGAUCGUGAUGAUAAAAAUGAGAAAGUCACAAAGCCUGAAGAGCUUGUCCGGUUGUAUGAUCUCCUGCUACAGAAUACUUCUGAUCUUACUGAUCUGGUUAGCUCAGGAAGAGAUAGAAAAACAGAAGAAGUGACAUUUGCUGAGGAAUGUGAGCUCAAAAGUUUUUCUUUCCGUGCGGAAAGGUGUUUUUACUUGGCCAAAUCUUAUAGUUUGGCUGGAAAGAGAGCAGAGGCAUAUGUUUUAUUCUGCCGAGCUCGCUCUCUCAUUGAUUCUGCUCUCAAAAAGCUUCAGAGUGUGAGCAAUGCUGAUCAGGUUGCUAUCAAGGAUUUGAAGAUGCUUUAUAGUGAUUGUCGGUCUAGCAUUUGCAUAGAGCAUGCAACUGGGGUUAUGGAAGAGGAAAAAGCUCCUGAAAAUCUUUCAAAGAAGAUUUCAGGCAUAUCAUUAACAGAUAAGAAGUUUGAGAAGCUGCUAAUGGAGAAAUUGGACGAAUACGAAUCGGCUGUUGGGGACCCCACCACAAAGCUAACUCCUCAUAUAGAAGCCUUCCCGCCUUCCUUCCAAGCAGUGCCCCGUAAUCCUAUUGUUCUCGACCUCGCCUACAACUCGAUUGAGUUCCCGUCUCUUGAUCAUAGGAUGAAGAAGGAAGCCAAGGGAUUUAUAAGCAGGCUUUGGAGAUGAAUUUCCAUCCAUCCAUUGUCUGUAAAGGUGAUAUCGACUAUAGAUCGGGACCUAAAUUACCAUUGUAACUUAUUGUCUCGGGAACUUUUUUGUUUCGACUUGGAUAGAACUUUAACUGUGGAAGUACAAAAAAUUUUGGGCCUUUGACUGUAAAAACUACACAAGUGUUGGAGAUUUUCUGCAAAUGAGGGCAAGAUUUUUCAUUCAUGGAGAUUUUUUUCACUCCAAAAAACUCAUA